CAGCAACACAACUCCCUGUAUCCUGGAGCAGUCUCUUGCCCUGGGCUGCACAUGUAACACAGACCUCAGUUCUCUGUUUUGAAGUGGAGCCGGUGAAGUGUUGAUUGCAGGAGGCGGUCACAGGGAGUGAGAAGACAGAGGAUGCCGGGUAAACCUAUGGAGAAUUUGAAAUUGCCAAGUCAUUGUGAUGCUGUGCCAUCGAUUUGAAAGGAUACAGAAGUAACUGCUGGCUGAAGAUUUAAACUGACAGGCAGUUUCAGACAAGGUGACCUGUCACUGGCCCUGCUCACUGUAUGUGUCCCAGAGGAGAGGAUAUCCAAUCUCUCACAGGCUGCAUCCUAACUAUAAUAGCUCAUGAGACCAUAUGAAGUGAUGCUGCUACUGGAGGAAACGGGUAGCUACUUCCAGAUACAGAUCUGUCUUUGUCUGAGACUUCAGCUGUUGAAAAGAUCUGCCUGAUAAUGCAAACGCGAACUUGAAGUCUGCCAAUGGGAGCAGAGUGGAGGAGUACCGAAGAAAGAGAGUGAUACCGGACGGUGUAAGAGGAGCAAGGAGUGAGGCACAUAAGCUGAACACAGAAAAGGGACGAUGGAGCAUUUUAUUCAUUCUUAGCCAACAUAGAUACAGACUGAACGACUGGAAUAAUGGAUUGCCUAAAGAUCACAAAUUGCUCCUCCUACUUUCAUUCCUCAUUUUUGACAGUAAAGGAACACCCUUUUCAACACUUAUAGGGAAAUUUGCUUGUGUGAUGUAAAGGUACUUCCAGUUCACAGGAAAUAUGAAGGAAACUGAAUCAUCAUGUUAAAUUCAGUCAGUGUUGCCUAAUAAGUCUAUUAUUAUUACUAAGUGAUUUGCACAAAGGGAGUACUUAAUGCGUUUCCAACAUCUUGCGUCACCCAUCCUAUUUCUAAAAUAUACCAAAGGCAAGCAUGACUGGAACAUUUUAGUCAGUCAUGGGUCAGCCUCGACUGUAAAGAUGCGACAAGUCCUCGUUGGUGUCCUUGACUGGACUGAAAGAAAAUUAAGCACUGAAGAGCUCUGAAGAUGACUAUGUCCUCUCCUGUGGGACCAGAAGGUAUCACUGUGGCUCAGCCUGUCCCCGUCCCAACCCUGACUGUCCUGCCCCCAUCCUCAGAUACAGAGUCCUGGUCCCGCUCACCUAGCCCCAGACCGCCACGCUCCAGCCGCCAUGGUCGAUUCCACCGCAGCAGGAACCGAACCAAGAAACGCAACGAGGAAGAGCAAGGCUGCUCUCCUAAGCGGCAGUGGGGUAAAAAAACGCAAAUUGUAGUAGAGGAGACGGGCCCCAUUCCAAACCGUAGCCCCUCACCCUCCCCCUCCGUGGCCAGUCAAAUGGAGGGGGAAGAGCAAGGUCAGGACAGCCCUUCAUUGGACCACCUCCUGCCACCGUCUCGCUCCUGGUCUCGUAGCCCCUCUCCCAGCCGGCGCUCCCGUUGGUCCCUGAGGAGCCUACUCAGCAGAGACUCUGACUGGGAGAGCUGCAGUACAGCCAGUAACUCUCCACGCAGCACCCCCGGCAGCUCUCCCUCCCUGCGGCGCAGGGUCCUUGGGGGUGGCAGGGCCAGUGAGAACGAGGGAGGAGGAGAGAAGAGCAGUGGUGGUGGUGGAGGAGGAGCAACCAUUGGAGUGGGUGACACUGUCCACCUGGCCAAAGCCCAGAGCCGCACGACCAAUCCCUUCAAUAAACCCUCAUCAUUUACAGGGCCUUAA